UGGGAACUCGAAUCGACGGGUUGUCAGAGCGAAAGAGAGAUAGAGGGAACGAGAGUGUCGAUGAUUCGCUUAUGCCGCUCUAGCACGUACUUUCCGUCAUGAUUCUGCGCCUUCAUAUCGGAGGCUCCCGCAACCAUAUUUUCCUUCCUGUUUUUCCAACGUUUCUUGCAGGUUACGUUCAAGCUAUUAAACAAAGACCUUUCAUCCACAAAACAUAGCCCAGAGGGUAGGAGCUUCUUGGUCGUUGUAUAAUACCCUAAUCUGCUCCUGAAAGAUAAGCCACUAGCACCAUGAGGCAGAAGCGCAUGGAAGAUCCCGCCGAGGUGCGGAGGAGGGAAGCGCUCGUACUGGCGGCAGCAAAAAGGAUCGGCAUUGACAUAGCCACGGAAAAGCACAUGAUGUACCAUUUUCUUUUACCGGAAGCUCACUGACAUGCUUUUUUCAUCGUUAUAUGAAUGUCCACCUCGAUCAAUUGCAACAGUUGCAGCAGUUAAUCUGCGAGCGAAAACAAGUGACUGCAUUUUCAAUGUAAUGAUCUUCAACAUAGGUGGAUCGCCGAAUUCGCUUCACAAGCAGAGCUCCCACCGGAAUGGCGAGAAUUUCAAACUGAAGAUGGGGAGACAGCGUAUAUCAACUUCUUCUUCUUUUUCCACUAUUUUCGAGUUUCGUUUUGUUUUUUGCCGACAAUACGACAAGAUCCAUUGCAGAGGUGUCUGUACCUGAUGAGGCUGCGAUGGUGCAGCUCGGUGAGGAAAUGAAACAAAAGCAAAAGUAGAAAUUUAUCAAACCGAACAGGUAUUACCACCCGGGGACCAAGUGCUUGUCCAAGACACACCCCGUGCUCGACAAAUUCGAGGAUUUUAUCGUGCAGCAGCGGGAUUUCGCAAAACACCACGACCCGGUGAUCGCAACCAUGUCUACCGACCAAUUAGCAGCCAAGCUGGGCGUAGUACUGGACGGUGUGCUUAACCGAUACAACAAAGGUACGAGUUUUUAUUACGUUGUGAAGUUUUUUCGAUAUGAUAGAUCAGGCACGAAAAAAGCACCGUUGUUUUGCCAGCGCUGCCGCUGUGGGUGUGCAUGUUGCUCCUUCUACGAUCCGGACGCUGUGGUGGAUGACCAGCAAGUGCUAGGUCUCUAUGGUACUGCGAAAAAAUAACACAGGUCUCCCGCCAGUCACACCAGAGAUCGUGGAGAGCGUUGCCCUUUACUUCUGCGUACCAACCGAGAAGGAGCACGGAUUGGCACUGCAGAUCCGAAUGGCCUUAGAGGCGUACGUUGAGACGCAAUACACAUUAACGCUCAUCACCCGGGACCUUGUGGACCCAAUGGUAAAUGAGAUACGUGGUGGACGUGAGUUCUUGACUACAGUGCAUUUUUUUUUCCUCAUUCGCAUUAGGACGCGACUGUGUAUAAACUACUAAAUCUUUUCGCCAACUCAUUAUCCAGGGUUUCCUGAAGAACAUGCGAAAGGACAUUAUCUCGCGUUGCGUGCUGCAGAAGGAGGAUCCCGUGCUGAUGUGCCAGGAGUGCGAGGAGCGGUCGGCGAAGCUGAAAUGCGAGCAGUGCAAGGACUUUUUCUGCAUGGAUUGCUUUCAGCUCACGCACGCUAUCGAAUGUAAAAGUGUCUGGGUCUGGAAGAGUCAUGCUGUUUUUGCAUGACAUAGAAGGUCUGACAUGGACGCUCUAGCAUUACAGGUUUCGAGAAGCUGCCGCAAUGCCAAAUUCGCAUGACAAAUCUCUCACUUUGGUGGCAGAAAGCGGGCAGCUUUUGCUACCCAUGCAUGAGAGAUUUUUCUGUGUUUUGAAAUGCGCAUCACAAGUUUGUAUUCUUCCAGACCCAGACAUUUUUACAUUUGAUACACGCCACGGGGAAGCGAAAAAGCCACAAAACGCAGAACGUGGAGCAGAUCGUCUGCGAUCUGUGCGACAAGGUGCACGCCGUCACCGUGUCUCUGGAGAACCACCAGCGCUUUUGCGACAAUUGCUACCAGAAGAAGAGAAGAGACAUGGUGGGACACAGAAUGCGCGUUAUCAAGGUAUUUGGUACUUUGAGUUGUUUGAUGGUGACGAUGUGGGUAGUUCUUGUUCCGGUUAUUUUUUACCGUAGUAGGGCUUAGCGCCGUCUGAUCUGCCACGAGCUCUGUUGCAGAAUUGGAAAGUUACAACUGUCAAAGGACUUUGUGAGUACGUCGCGCGUGAACUUCUACCCGAUCAAUCACAAAUAAAACAGGGCCUCCCGUGCUCCGAGUGCGCAGCGAACUUUGACGCGCAGGACAUUAAUGACACCGGGGAGAGCAAUAACGACGAUCCAGAAGACGACGCGAAAUUUGGAAACCGACAAGUGAAGCGAAAGCAGGCGGCGUCCAUUUUGUGCGAGGACUGCUGCGAUCUCUUCUGCUACGAAUGCUUCGUGGAGAUGCACAGAAAAGUACGAAUAUCUAAAUAUGGUUGAUUCUUUAUUUUUGUAUGACUUUCAGUUUCAAGUACUGUUGUGACUCCUAGCUAUGCCGAAACCACGGGAAAUUCGUUCUGUAAAAAGAUGAAAUUGAAAAUUUUAUCACAGGGCAAGCGGCUCCACCACGUGAGCCUGAGUAUAAACGACGAGGGCCAGCUGAUACGGCAGGGCGACGUGUUGCCACCGGAGGAGGGGCAGGCGCACCUCGACCGAGCACGGCUGACCGCCGAGGGCGGUGCCUACGUCGCGUUCCGGGACGACCAAUUUAACACGUAUUGGUACCACUUCCGGGACAAAAUCAUCACUCACCAAAAUCCGUACAUGUGAGGAAAUUGAUGGCAGAAGUUACCGCAGGCAUCGGAUGAAUCAAUACUCAGAGUUUGGUGGAGAGAAUAGUAAAGACACUGUACCUCGAUAGGAAGAGCAGGCACUGCAUCGACUGAGAAUUUUUCCGAAGCGUGUCGGUACCUAUGUAUUCGAUCACACAGAUUCCUCGCAUGAAUGCAAAUGCAAGAAAAAUUGUUACGUUUUGAUAAAAAUUUACUUCUCCUCAGUUGUUUUGUUACGAACUACUCUAGCAGACUCAGAAAUCUAGCAGACUCAAAAAUCGCAGACAAAUUCAGACAGAAGCGAAGAAGGUUUGUUCGGUUGUUUUGACGUUGUAGUGCCAAGGGGCGGCCCCACCCCUUGCUGUGCGCAGCUUGUUCUAGGCAAGGGGCCCGCGGCGGCUCGUGGUACUGCAUAGUACUAGGAGACACCAAGAAACCUCUUUUCCUUCCGCAGCAGACUCUUGUUUAAUAUUUGACAAAAUUCACUCAUUAGCAGACGAAAAAAUAGCAGACUCGUCUCGAAUAAUGUUCUCAUGUUCACAAGUUUAGACUUAGAUUCGAAAUCGCAGACUGAUAGGCCGAAAAUCGCAGACUAAUUUAGACACUUGCUACUCUUAGCAAGCGUUAGAAAUGCAGUAGUAGAUGUCUUCGCCAAAAAAGCUGCAUUUAGGCAAGUACUAGGUUCGUCCCGACCUGGCUGCUGAGAGGUGGAACUUAUUACUGGUGUAGGAUAUCCCUCUAUCAUCAGAAUGAAGAAAACAACCUGCAUGAUGGGCGCCUCUCGGAAGUAAUGCCUCCGCACUUGUUUCUUGUUUGCAAACGAAAAAGCAGAAUUCGUGUGUAACAUGAUUGCAAGCCUAAUGUCAGAAUGUAUAUUAUCAUCCAACUACUUGAAGCGGACGAACUUGCAGCAAAGUGCCCGCAAAACCCGAGCUGAUAUUGUUUCUAUGCUAGCGACUGGACCAGAGCCAAGUCGCUCGUGUUACACCUGUACAAAGAAGAAAACUUACGAAGUGAAGAUAAUUUGAAGAAAAUGAAUA